UCACAAAGAAUGGAAGACGAAUCAAGGUUUUUUGGUGAUAGCUCAGCUGGUGAAAUCCAAGUUAAAAGAGAACAUUUAGAUCCCAUUGAACAUCACAAAGAAUUGUUACGCCAAAGUAGUGCAAAUAGUACAUUACAGAGUGAACCAACCUCAUCAUCAUCUCAACCUGAGUCAGGGAAACAAGAUAAUCCUAAUGAAGUGAAUAUCAGUAGCAAACAAUCCUUAUUUGUGGCAAAUGACGAAGAAGAAUAUCAAAGUGAUCCAGAAGAAGAUGCUUAUAUGUUUUUCGAAUCUCAAGUCCAAGCCAUCAUUGAAGGUAUUACACCACCUGAAGUCCAACAACUAUAUAUCAAAUUCAAAGACCAUGAGCAACCAGUGAUAUCUGCAGUGAAUCAGUACUAUGACGGUAUUGUCUUUGACCCUGAACCAAAACCUCAAGCCCAACCUCAACCUAGACGUACAAUAUCACAACAACCAACUAUAACAUCAGCAGUAAGAUCUAAUCAAACAAACUUACCACAGAGGAAAAGAAGAUCCGUUGUACCAACACAAACUAAGGAACUUUCACCUUCAGUGAAAUGGAGAAGAUUUAUUGGAAGUUUACAAGUUGUUGGCUGGGCAACUAGACCAACUGUUAAACCUUUACCUUAUGGGACACAACUAACUAUUGUUAAAAAUACAUCACAAUCUACAUCAAAGAAAAGAAGAAGUGGUGGUACUGGAUCAAAUGUUUCAAAUAUCAAGCUAGUUCAAGAUUACCAUGAUCCUCACAAAGCUAAAGAGAUUGGAAGAGUUCCAGAAGAUAUUGCUGCUAUUCUGUUUCCUUUAGUGGAUCAAGAUAUUGUUGAUUUUGAUGUUACUGUUGUAUUAUGUGAUGGUAGAUUGAGUACUGGUGACUCAUUUAUUGUUCAAUUAGAUUGUUAUUUGACCUCUAAGAUCUUUGAAAAGUGGAAAAAUGCAGCUUCAUUUGAAGAUGAAUUGAAACAAAUGAAACGUAAACAAAGCAGUUUUUAUAAUGUAGGUUAUGAGACUGAAGUGGAACAACAUGUUAGACAAAGACAGAUUGGGUUAUUCAAGUUGUUCAAUAAGCUAGAUUUCCAAGUUAGAACUACAGAUGAUGAUGAGGAAGAGGAUGAAGUUAUUGACUUGGAUGAUGACGACAGUAUGGACAACAUUACACCAACUCAACAAAACAAUGGUGAACCAAAACCAGCUGAUGAAUUAAACUUGAACCAGUUAAAAGAGUUUUACAGAAUCACACAAACUGCAGAUGUUUUAACAACUUUACCAGAAACAGAAACAAAAGAAAACUUCAAGUUAAACUUAAGACCAUAUCAAAAGCAAGGUUUGACAUGGAUGUUACGUGGUGAAAGAGAAAUAAUUAAUGAAGAUGAAGGUGAACAAAUGAACCCAUUAUGGAAAGAGUUCAAAUGGCCAAAAGAGAGAUCUUGGGCAGUUAUGAGAAAUGAAAGUUUACGUCAAAGUUUUGAUACAAAUGUAUUUUAUGCAAAUUUAUAUUCUGGUGAAUUCUCUUUGGAAAAACCAAUCUUGAAAACAAUGUGUCGUGGUGGUAUCUUGGCUGAUGAAAUGGGUCUUGGUAAGACCGUUUCAACAUUAGCUUUAAUUCACAAUGCUCCUUUUGAUAAGGAUUAUGAUGUUCAAAAUGCUAUUGAAGAAAGAUAUGCUAGUAGAACAACAUUGAUUGUUGUCCCAACUUCUUUACUAUCGCAAUGGCAGGAUGAAUUCAAUAAAGCAAAUAAUAGUGAUGGUUCUGUUUUUGUUUAUUAUGGUACUGAAUCUGGUAAGGAUCUGAAAGCUCAAUUAUGCGGUGACUCUCCUCCUAUGGUUGUUUUAACAACUUAUGGUACAAUUCAACAUGAAUGGUCCAAAUUGAUUGAUUAUGCAAGUAAACAGGAUAACGUUCUUCCAAAAUUAGGGUUAUUUUCAGUUAGGUUUUUCAGAGUUGUCUUGGAUGAAGGUCAUAAUAUUAGAAACCGUAUGGCUAAAACUACAAAGGCUUGUUAUGAUUUACAAAGUUCAAGAAAAUGGUUAUUAACGGGUACACCAAUUGUUAACAGAUUGGAUGAUUUGUAUGCAUUGAUCAAGUUUUUGGAAUUGGAACCAUGGUCAAAUAUUUCAUAUUGGAAAACUUUUGUAACAAUCCCAUUUGAAAACAAGAAAUACAAACAAGCUUUGGAUGUUGUUCAAUCAAUUUUGGAACCAAUAUUGUUGAGACGUACAAAGAGUAUGAAAAAAGAUGGUGUUGCCCUUGUGGAAUUACCACCUAAAGAAGUUGUUAUUGAAAGGAUCAAAUUUAGUCCAAAAGAACAUAAACUAUACAGUUGGUUUCUUGCUAAGGCGUCCUCAUCUGUUAAAGCUAGUAUUGCAAAAGGUGAUAUUUUGAAAAGAUAUACUACAAUUCUGGUUCAUAUCUUAAGAUUAAGACAAAUCUGUUGCCAUAUGGAUUUAAUUAAUGGUGGUAGUGAUGAAAUGGAUGAAGACAUCUCCACAAAACAAGUUCAACAAAUUGAGGUACCUGAGGAAUUACUCAAAAGAAGUGAAACUUUCACCAUCAAUGACCUAAACUUAGCAAGCAGCAACAUUUACAACAUGUUUGACAAGAUUGAUGAUUUAGAAUGUUCAAUUUGUACUAAUCAACCAAUUCCGAUUGACCAGUUAGCUUUUACAGAAUGUGGUCAUCCAUUUUGUGUGUCUUGUAUCUUGGAGCAUUGUGAUUAUCAAGAAAUGAAGCAUAAUGAGAUUUUAUGUCCAAAUUGCAGACAAGAGAUUUCGAGUGCCAAAUUAAUUAGUGUCAAGAAUAUUCCUUCAGUAUUGUCCAACAAGUCAUACACUUUAUCCAAGUUUGAUAAUUCAUUGAGAUCAUCAAAAUUAAAUGCAUUAUUAUCACAUUUACGUAUCAUUAGAGAUACCACAUCAAAUGAAAAAGUUGUUGUCUUUUCACAAUUCUCAACACUCUUGGAUAUAAUGGAGAGAGAAUUACACAUGGAGAAUGGUUUAACAGUUUUCAAAUUUGAUGGGAGAUUGAGUAUGAACAAUAGAAGUAAUAUCUUGAAGGAAUUUAAGCAACCUCGUGUUGGUGUCACAGUGUUGCUGUUAUCAUUAAAAGCGGGUGGUGUUGGUUUGAAUUUAACUGAAGCUUCAAGGGCUUUCAUGUGUGAUCCGUGGUGGUCUCCGAGUAUUGAAGAUCAAGCUAUUGAUCGUAUUCAUAGAAUCGGUCAAGAGAAUAAUGUUAAAGUUGUUAGAUUUAUUAUGGAGGGAAGUAUAGAGGAGAAAAUGUUAAAGAUUCAAGAACGUAAGAGAACUAUUGGUGAAGCUGUUGAAGCUGAAGAAGAAGAAAGAAGAAAAAGGAGAGUGGAAGAGAUUGAAAUGCUAUUUGAGAAAUGAGAAGCGCUACGAAUUGAUUUCAAGUGUCCAUUUUUUCUUUUUUUAUUUAUUAAUGCAGCUAUGUAAAUUAAAACCUCAAUCAAAU